CCCUUUCAUGCCUUUGAAAUCCGGGGACAGUCGCAGAUCGCAGUUAGGAAAGUCGGAGGAGCGCGCGGUCUGGGCGGUCUGGGCGGUCUGAGCAAUUGUUCGACGCGCUCGCAUGCAGGGCUCGCGAGCCUGGGCAUUCAAACAACGCACAGCUUGCAGCAAGCUAGCGCUACUGUACAUAGCCAGUCAAUUGUAUCAGCUAGCCUGCGGCGGGCCGACGAUUGACAUCCCCGUGCAGCCGCAAUGCAUGCUUGAUCAUCUCCUUGCCUCCUUGACCAUCUCUUUCUCCAUUCGACUUUACCUCUACUGCUCUACACGCUCAUUUAACAGUCCCCUGGCGGGCAAUCUUUCAGACUCUCCCAUCUUCCACAUCCGUCAGCCUCCCCGACUAGUUCUACUCAGUUGAUCUGAGCAAUCUGUCGCCCCCCUCCACGGCCUCUCCCACCGGCAUCCUUGCUCCCUCAAGCACGCACGAGACCCCACGCCCCACUCAGCCGCCCAAACCCGCCCUCACUCCGCACUUGCGCCAGACGCCGUGCCUCCAAUCGAUACUCUUGGGU